CCACGGGCACCAGACCUGAACAGGCAGGGCAAUCCGUUCCUCUCCUCGUUAAAGCUUUCCCUGUCAGGCAGCUCGCUCGUCCAUUCCAUUGUGUGCCACCCCACGCCCACCUUUGAUCGUGACUUGUUUGACUUGGAGAGUAGUAACGACGGCCUAAGGUAGGUAGUUACACUGCAGCUAUUUACUGAAGCCGAGAUCUGCUCUGCUCUGCUCUGCUCUUCCUCUCUUCUGAUGUUCAAAAGACUUCUCCCUCUGCCCGCACAUCUUCGUCGCAAUCUCUUCGAACAGAUCACCCGGGUCAGUUGCCAAUCAACAGAGCCAUUAUCAGCUAUCCCAAACUGCACAUACGACCGUCAAUCCAUUACAACAUUCCACCUAUCUCUCUGCAGAUCAUUCAGCUGUGCUGCCGCCAGAAUGUCUGACCUUACCGUCGAGCUCACAGCUCCCAAUGGCAGGAAAUACACCCAGCCAACAGGUCUCUUCAUCAAUAACGAAUGGGUGAAGAGCAGCGAUGGCAAGAAGAUUGUGUCUAUCAACCCAACCGAUGAGACCGAGAUUGCUUCCGUCUAUGCAGCCACUCCCGAAGACGUCGACACAGCUGUCGCAGCUGCCCGCAAGGCAUUCAAGGACCCCUCAUGGCGCGAUCUCUCCCCCACCGACCGAGGAAACAUGAUGAUGAAGCUCUCCGACCUCUGCGAGGCCCACAAAGAUACCCUCGCCACAAUCGAGACUUGGGAUAACGGCAAGACAUACGGAGACUCGCUCGGAGACGUUGGGGAGGUCACUGGGGUAUUGAAGUACUAUGGCGGAUACGCGGAUAAGAUCCACGGCCAGGUCAUUGAUACCGGACCAGCCAAGUUUGCGUACACAAUCAAGGAGCCGGUGGGAGUCUGUGGGCAGAUCAUUCCAUGGAACUACCCGCUCGCCAUGGCGGCGUGGAAGCUGGGUCCCGCGUUGGCUUGUGGAAACACCAUUGUCAUGAAGGCGGCUGAGCAGACCCCAUUGAGCAUUUUAUACUUUGCGAACUUGAUCAAGGAGGCUGGGUUCCCACCAGGAGUUGUGAAUAUCCUCAAUGGUUACGGACGUGAGGCUGGUGCAGCGAUCGCUACCCAUUUGGGUAUUGAUAAGAUUGCCUUCACUGGAAGUACUGGAACUGGAAAGGAGAUUAUGAAGAUGGCGGCUGUGAACAUGAAGAACAUUACUUUGGAGACUGGUGGAAAGUCACCAUUGCUCGUCUUCGAGGAUGCGGAUCUGGACCAGGCUGUGAAGUGGGCACACAUUGGUAUCAUGUCCAACCAAGGUCAAAUCUGUACCGCUACAUCCAGAAUUCUAGUCCAAGACUCCAUCUACGACACCUUUAUUGCCGCCUUCAAGGAGCAGGUUCAAAAGGUCUCCGUUGUUGGUGACCCAUUCGCCGAGACCACCUUCCAAGGACCACAAGUUACCAAGACACAAUACGAGCGUGUUCUUGGUUUUGUCAAGGCUGGCAAAGACGAAGGCGCAACUCUCAUUUCUGGUGGCGAGGCUUUCACUUCCGGACCCUCCGCCGGCAAGGGAUUCUUCAUCGAGCCCACAGUCUUCACAGGCGUCAAGCCCAGCAUGAAGAUCUUCAGAGAAGAAGUCUUCGGCCCCUUUGUCGUCAUUGCUAGCUUCAAGACUGAAGAAGAGGCGCUUGAGAUGGCAAAUGAUACUACAUAUGGCCUUGGCAGUGCGGUCUUCACUCAAGAUCUCACUCGUGCGCAUAGAGUGGCGAAAAAUAUCGAGGCGGGUAUGGUGUGGAUUAAUUCGAGCAAUGAUUCGGAUUAUAGGAUUCCAUUUGGAGGCGUGAAGCAGAGUGGUAUUGGAAGAGAACUGGGUGAGGCUGGUUUGGCCGGGUAUACACAGACUAAGGCUGUUCAUGUCAAUAUGGGAAGUAGGCUGUAGUAGUCUCGGAAGCAUGAUGAUCUGCAUUUAGUGAGAUGAAUGAUUUAAGCGCACACUGCAUUUGCAAUUAAUCAUAUCAAGCUAAAUAUGAACCUCGGCUCUCUCGUUAUUCCUUUUGUUGCUGUACAGUGUGUCGUUUCUUGUCCUAAAGUACGCGCAAUCUUUCCAAAAACACUUCGCAUCUCGAAGAAGCCAACGGCGAGACUGAACCUGCCUGCUGGAAUCGCAUCAAGAACCGAAUGGAUGCUGCGAAGCUCAUGGAUCCUGUAGUUGAGAAUAGUCAAAUAUCCCAACCAAGACUUGUUAAAAAGCAAGUCACAGAAAAGAACGACAAGGAACAUUCACGGGGCGGACAAGAAGGGAAUCUGAGAACACUGUAAAGGAGGACACCAAGAAGAUCAAGAAGGUGGUGGCUUUUUGACGAGAAGCCCUGCGAUGAAUAAGAAUCAAUCCACCACGACCACGAGAGCAGCAGCCUCAAAGGCCAGCCUCCAAGACCAAAUUUAUGCUGGUUCCGAUGACGAAAGAGAUGGUGGUCGCUUUCGGACGCUACCGAUACCCGGUAAUACCACAGCUACUACUUCCGCGCCACCAGUGGACAAGCACGCUCGUGGAGACCCGGACACGAGGUGUGGCCUCCGGGUUUGAUAGUUGUGUUUUUCCAGUUGAGGAGGAUCAGGAACUUGGUGAGGAUGGGGAUGAUGAAGAGGAAGAGGAAGGGGAAGAGAGUGAUAGGGAUGAGAUCUGUUGCGGCGGUUCGUAAGGUGAAGAAGGCUGCUCGGGGCAAGGCAAGGCGAUUACUGGUGAGACAAGAGGGAGGGGAAGAAGAAAGUUGUGAAUUCCUUGUUGAUCAAAAGUGAAGGAUGGUUCGGCGAUCGAGAGGUGAUUUGAUGGCAUGGAGGAGUGACUUGUGAAGUUGUGAAGUCUAGAGUGAUUUAUUGAUUGAUUUUGGUGUUGCUGGGAAAGGCUCGGAAUGAGUUAAUCCUGAGUACUCUUGACGCCACCCUUCUUGGACAUGGGAACAUAUUUCGUCUUUUUUAUGAUUAAAGUUCAGAAGGGAGUCUAUAUAUGGCUGAAAGAUGUUCUGGUGAUAAGUCCACGUGGCUCUUGGCGCCGAAAUUACUCGCUUCGAAAUUCUAGCUUCUAGGUAUCGGGUGUGCUCAGG